AUGAACCGCCUCCAGAGGUACGACCAGAAUGUCUUCAGCAUCGCGGACCUCCAACGGGAGGGGACGAAGAAGCUGUCCAAGAUGGUUGGAGAGUAUUACAACGAGGGUGCAAUGGACCUCCUUAGCAUGAACGACAAUGUUGCAGCCUUUGACCGCGUCCGGCUCCGCCCACGCGUCUGCAUCGACGUGUCUCAGGUUGACAUGUCAACAGAGUGUUUCGGCGCAAAGGUCAAAAUGCCCCUCGGUUUCUCCCCCGCGGCCAUGCACGGGAUGGCCCACGACGAUGCCGAACUGGGCACUUCGCGCGCCGCGGCCAAGGCUGGCUGCAACAUGGUGCUUUCCACUUGGUCGAACCACUCGAUCGCCGACGUCGUCAAUGCUGGGGACGGGUACGGAAACGCGUACGGUCAGCAGCUCAGCAUGGUUGAGUGCUGGGACACCAACAUGCACAUGAUCCGCAACGCAGAGAAGGCGGGCUGCGCAGCCCUCGUGCUCACCGUCGACUGCGCCUAUCUCGGCCGCCGGCUCAACGAAUAUCGCAACGACUUUACUCUUCCUGAACAUCUCACCUUCCCCAACCUGCCACCUGGUAUCAACCCUUACAACUUUGUGCAGAGCGACCCCCGUACCGCGUACGACCGUGCCUUCACUUGGGACAAGGUCGAGAAGAUUGUCAAGUCGACGUCGAUGCAGGUGUACCUUAAAGGCAUUCUGACUGCGGAAGACGCUCUUCUUGCUGCCGAAUCUGGUGUUCACGGCAUCCUUGUUUCUAACCACGGUGGUCGCCAGCUUGACGGAGCAAUCUCCACGUUUGAUGCACUGGAGGACAUUGUGGCUGCCGUCAAGGGGCGCAUUCAGAUCCACUUUGAUGGCGGAAUUCGCCGUGGCAGCGACAUCUUCAAGGCCCUCGCCAUGGGCGCCGACUACUGCUGGGUCGGGCGCAUCCCCGUUUGGGGUCUGGCUUACGACGGCGAGAACGGGGUCAGCCUCGCUCUUAAGCUGCUCUACGAUGAGCUUCUAAUCACAAUGGCGCUCUGCGGCUGCUCCAAGCUGAGUGACAUCCGCCGCAGUCACCUCGCGCGGCUUCGUGGCGACGGCACCUUUGCCAAGCUGUAA